CAGAGUCGGUCCAACUUCAUAGGUAAAAUUCUGGAGACGUUAUCUCCGAAACACCAUCCCUCUUCACAUCAUCUCAACCCUCUUAGUCUUACCGUUCGACCACCCCCAAGUCCACCCUCUCAACCACCUACCCCUCCGCGAACUCCAUUGUCGCCCCCGCAUCGUAAAUCCAGCAGCAGCCCCCUCCCGCCUCACCACCAGCAGAUGUCUGGUCAGUCGUCAAGAUCUUCGCCACAUACUCCACAGAUGGCACAACAGUCGCAUAACCAACAUGGCGAACACCAAGUCGCUGUUGUGUAUGAGAGUCUUCGUCAUAAAAUGGCGAACAGUAUGGCAAAGCUUGCUGGUUUACCACCAGAUUCGAUCAUUGGAAAUCCCAGGGUGAUGCUACCUCAAAACAUGGCCACCAUACUGACAUUGGCCGCCUUACAAGACCAGCAGACGAAGGCUGGGGGCUCUGCCCCUUCACACCAUGGAGCUCCACCACACCCUGGGGGUUCCACAUCCCCUUCAUCAGGGUUAGUCAUAAUGGAUCCCACCAAAGGCGGUGGUUUGUUGCCAAGCCACCGUGUUUCUCCCAUGAGCCCUGUAAGAGAUGGCAGCAACAAUGCAAAGGCAGCAGUACCAAUGGAUUAUUCUAGAUAUGUUAAGAGGUUUGGCAGUGCACUGGAGUGUGGGAGCACAUACUGCAAGGAUCUCAAUUACAGGGAGCACUUCCAUUGCCUGGACUGUAAUUCACGGGUUUUUGUCAAGAAGGAAGAAAUGAUCCGGCAUUUUAAGUGGCAUAAGAAGCGUGAUGAGUCCCUGCAGCAUGGCUUCAUGAGGUAUUCGCCAAUGGAUGACUGUUCAGAUAGAUACAGAGGUUGCAGCCAUAAUCGGAAGCAGACACACUAUCACUGUAUCAAGGAGGGUUGUGACAAGGUAUAUAUAAGCACCUCAGAUGUUCAGAUGCAUGCGAACUACCAUCGUAAAGAUUCUGCUAUCAUCCAGGAAGGCUUCCAGCGAUUCCGAGCCACUGAGGAAUGUGGAGCAGCUUAUUGUUCAUUCUUUGGCCAGCGAACUACACACUUCCAUUGUAGGCGAGAUAGCUGCAAGUACACCUUCAAGAAUAAGGCUGAUAUGGAAAAACACAAGACAUAUCACAUCAAGGAUGAGCAGCUAAGUCGAGAUGGCUUCAAGAAGUUCAUGAAGCAUGAGAUGUGCCCUUUUGACAGUUGUCGCUUUUCCCGUGUUUGCAACCAUAUACAUUGCAUCCGUACAGGAUGCAACUAUGUGCUGCAUUCCAGUGGACAGCUCUUCAGCCACAAGCGCAAACAUGAGCGACAAGACUCUGAAAUGGCCUAUCGGAAAUUCAAACUUGCCCAGAGCAUGAUGAAGACUUUUGCUGGGAGUAGUGACAAUUCCCAGCCACCACAACUUAGUCCAAAUAUGCUUCAAGCAUUCAAUGACCAGUUGAGUCAGCAGUCUGAUGGUUCACUGAGCUCAUCGAUGCCAGCGUCAGUAAUCCAGCAGGGGCCAAGCUCAUUGAAUGCUGGUGCAGCAAGUUCAGUACAGGAAAGCAGUCAACCUCAUAGCAAUGGUGAGGCAUCAGGUGAUGGUGGUGGCAGACAGUCUCCAACUGUUAGCAUUCCUCCACCAUCCUUUUCAGCAAAAUUUGGCCAUACUCUUUCAGGUAUUGAAGGUCUAUCUGACUCAAACCCUUCUACACCGUAUGUGGUGCAACCAUCUUCACUUGAGCAGUCUAUGUCAGCUGUGGACCUUACUAGUGAACUGUCAUCGGUUUCUGCAGCAUCAAACUCUGUUCCUCCCUGGGCCAGUGAAGAUUUCUGGCAAAAAUACUUGGCAAGGUUUGGUCCAACAGAUAAGUGUGCUGGGGGUGGACAGUGUGAGAUGUUGUUCAAGGAGCAUUAUCACUGUUUGGCUGAAGGCUGUGAGAUGAUUUUCAGGUCUAUGGAUGGCGUUAGAGAACAUGCCCGCAAUCAUGAGCAACAGGAGCAAGUGAGUGAAAUCUUCUAUAUCACAGUAGAGUCAGGACAAGAAGGACCUAACAGCCAGUGUGAGGAGGAUUGUCCGUACCAGCGCAAAGAAAAGCACUAUCAUUGCACAUGGGAUAACUGCCGAGAAGUGAUCCUUCCCUCUGACAAACCGUUCAGGCGCUUGGAUCACUACAAAAUGCAUGAGUAUUCACGUAAAUUGAGCCUAACAAAGGAUCCACUCACCAUGACCCAUCUUGCUACCUCUAUUGAUGGAAUGUUCCGAAGAAAGAGAGGUCGUCCCCCAAAAAACAGGGUUAUUGAGGUAUGGAAUGAUUAUUUCCCCAUGGCUCCUGGAUCAGCAGUGGAUUCUCCUCAAGCCAUCUUCACAAGCUUCAAGCUUCCAAAACCUUCUGUCAUGUCUGUGGGUGCAGCUGGUGGAGGGUAUGCUGGUACUGGCCUUAUACAAGCUCAGCAUGCAGAACAGGGCCAAGGGAGCAAUCCAGGAACUUCACCUCCAAGCCCUGAAGGCAGCUCCAAAAGCUCCACUCCUCAUCGACUUGACCUGUUACAAGAAGGAUUCUACUCAUUUCCUGAAGGGACACCUUGUCCAGAUGCACUGUGCCCGUACAACUCCAGGUGUCAGCACUUCCACUGUAGUCAGCCACGGUGUUUCUAUGUCACUAACCGUGAGGAUAUACUCAUCAUGCACUCCAAAGAUUUCCAUGACAACAUUGAUAUCAUGGAUGGGUUCCUUUUCUUUGACCGGACAGUUGAUUGUCGUCUCCCAUCCUGCCAUAGUAACAGAAUAAAUCGGCAUUUCCACUGCGUGCGACCAGGCUGUGGAUAUUCAUUUGUGCGUUAUUCAACCAUGGCCAUCCAUGAACAGAAACAUCGUAAUGGUGGUAAUGUUGGUAGUAUGGAGGAGGCUAAUGAAGCUGCUACGGAGACAUCUGGUAGUCAUCGUAGAAGCUGUGAGUCACCAGUGUCAACAGGCAGCCAAAGUCUUAAGAAGGAGCCAGAAUCUCCAGUACACAUCAAAUCUGAAGUGUCUGGUGCUGAGGGUUCAUCUCUGUCACCCAGUGCUGGGUCCCCAGUCCUCUUGAGGACACCACAGAUCCGUGCUCCGUCACCAGAAGCAUCAGCAAACAAAACCACAGUGGUGAAGGCUUCGGGAACUUUUUACCCGCUGUCUGCGUUUUCGUGUGGUGGUGCUGGUACGGGUUCAAAUCCUGGUUCCUCCUCUUCUUCAUCCUCUUCUACAUCUUCCACGUCACUGGGGAAGGCGGGUGGUAUUUCCAGAUCGUCCAGGGGAACUUCCCCUUCCCCUCCAUCCCCUCCUCAAACUCGUUGUGGUGCCAUCAUCACCGUGCCAAGCAAUGAAACGUCAUCAGAAGGCAGGAACAGACAGCAUUCUGGAACAGGUGUCAAGGGUGAACCUACAGGUUCAGAAGGAGGGUCUCAGCAGUCACUGUCUCGUCUCCUGCAGCAGCAGUCUCAGCAACAUGACAUAGUCUCAAGGCCGGACUGGAUGUCACUUGAGCGCCAUGAUCGCUAUGGACCAGAGCAGUCCUGCAGCCGUCCAUUCUGCAAACUAAAGAGGAAGGAACAUUACCACUGCAAUGCUUGUAAUCAGGCUUUCUCAGAAUUGGAUCGUCUUCGGCCUCACAUUGCAAAACAUAGCAGUGGUGCCCUUAGUCCCCCAGUUGUUAAGAGGGAACCAGAAGACAAUAACAAUGAAGAAAGCAAUGAUUCCAUCAAUAAUGGUGCAGGAGGUCCCCCUCCGUAUGAACAACAAAAUCCAAACUCUGAGACCCUACAGGGUCCUGGCAGUGGGUUGCCUCCACUUGGAGGAGGAGGACUCCAUCCUUCAGUUUUCCCACCACACUCCUCUCCAUCGUCAUCUGCAGCUGCAGCAGCUAGUUUCAAUGCUGCAAUGGUGGCAGCAGCAGCUGCAGGACAGCAGUUUGCUCUCAUAACGUCACAAGGCAUCCCAUUCAUCCAGCCAGGCAUUCCUGCAAUUUACUCUUCACCUGCUGGCUUGAUGUUUGCUGCUCCUCCUGGCCUUCAUCCAGCUCAUCCUCAUCCAGUAGCCCUCCAGAGUAAUGGUCUACUAGACCACCAUGCUCUACUAAAUGCAGCAGCAGCCAGUGCAGAACAAGCUGGUCAGACACCAAGCCCUGAACAACAUCUUGCUGGUCUAAACAAGCGAGCCAUGUCACCACAUCCUUCACAUCACCCUCACAUGGAUAUGAGUCCUGAGGCCAAAAAGGCUCGAGUACAGAGUAGCAUGAGGAUACUCAAGGAUGAACCAGUGCCGGAGGGUUACAUUCGGUUCAGGUUUAAUGAGGACUGCAAAUACCCACAUUGUGGUUACCGGGAACACCAGACACACUUCCAUUGCAUGCGCUCAGAUUGUGGAUAUAGUUUCUGUGACAAGACACGUUUUGUCCAGCACACUGCGCGCCAUGAGAGGCUUGAUACACUAAUGGGUGGAGAUUUUCAGCAAUUUCGGGGCACUGUGUCAUGUGGUCGACCAGAAUGCGUAUAUACUGCCACGCUAGGGGCCAUGCAGAAUAAAUCUUCACACUUCCACUGUUUAAAGUGUGAGUUUGUGUGCACUGAUACCAACAAAGUUGUAGCUCAUCGACGCCAACAUCAGAAACUUGAUUCCAUUAUGGCUGCCGGGUUUGAGAAGUUCACACCAUUUCAGCCUUGCAACAUGGAGUCUUGUGCUCAUUCUGGUAAGCAGACGCAUUACCAUUGUUUGAGCUGUCAGUACGCGUUACUUGGACUGUCUCAGAUGUCUGCACAUAAGUACCGGCAUAUGGAGUGAAGUGUGUCAAGCCAUGCAUUAUCUCAGGUAUAAUAGAAACAAUGUCUAGUGUCAUUACACUGAAAUAUCACAGUUAGGCCUUCAUAAACUGUUGGUGUUGUGUAGCAUUUUGUCUAUGAACAGAUAUUUACAAUGGGAUUGGGUAGAACAGAAUUGUCUCCACUUCAACUUUUGUCCAUUCAGAAUUGUCACAUUAUGUCAGUAAUGAGUGUUUUCAGUCUCCAGGACUGAAUUACUACAUUACAUUACAUUACAUUGCAUUACAUGCUAACAUUAAUCACUGAAUGUGUUAUUCUGUUCAGAGUGGAUGUGUGUUCACUGCAAAACUUGGGCAUGAAAGAAUAUAAAGUUUUUAGAAUCCUCUGUAGUAAGAGAACUACGUAUCCAUUUACACAGAUCCACUUUAUGAACAAGCAUUUGUGAUUAUUAAAAAGGUUUGAUUUGUGUUAUGUGUAAGCACACAGGCACAGCAGUGUAAUGGAUAACAACUAACAAAUGAAAUCCUUGCUUUAGAAAUGUGUUUAAUGUAAAGAUUUUUGAUGUGAUCACAAGGAACACUUGAUAGAUGGUAUUAUUCUGUUGUACACUGUAGCAGCUGUCACAUUCAGAUUCUGAUUACACUGUGUACACAGAUGUGUAUGUUAAGGUGGUGUGUGAAGCACAGUUAUUUCCACAGAUCUGAGAUUAAAUUAAGUGCUUUACUGAAAAUGCAUCUUACAUAGUCAUUGUAAAUAGAAGUAAAAUUAAUACUUGCUAAUAACUGACAAACAAAAGUACUAAAAGUACUAGAUAUAUGCACAGAUGAUUGAAGAAAACUCAGUUAGCAGCUUGUAUUACAAGUGGAGUUUUAACAUUGAAUAUGAUAAUCUAAGUAAAGAUUCCAUAUUAAUUUGUUUAUGCACAUUUUGCAUAGAUGUCUCUGUGUACAAGCCAUCAGAUUUUAUCAGGUAACUCCGAUGCUAUGUAAUGCUGCCAGUGAAGUAUGUUACAAACCAAAUUACUUACGCAGGUUUGACAUGGAGUCAGUAACAUAUACAAAAUUCCAUAUAUAAAAUGGUAUUCUUUAUUAUUAAAAUUACCAUACUUCAUUUAGUUAGAGAUAUCCUAAUCACCUCUAGAUUAUAUAAUUGUUAGCAGUACAUUUUGCAGAAUUCCAAAGAAUGUAGACAGAUUUACCAGUUUUGUUUUUCUGCAGAAAGUUAAGUGUCUUUGUCAAGUCAGAUGUAUAAUGUACAGCAUUAAAAGCUGAAAGGAAUUUUGAUGCCAUUUAAACUUUUCAAGUAAGGGUACAUUUGUGUGAAAGUGUUAUUUCAGGCACCGAAAAUUAAAUAAUUUUGAUGCUGUUUAAAUUCACUACUUUCCAUGUGCAGGCAUGUUCAUGAAAAAUGUUUACCUGAAAUGUAUAAUGUACAUUAUUGGAGGAUCAAAGGAUUUUGAUUACCAUAUUUACCUGCAUAUAAGCCUAAUGCUUCAGUAUUUUCAUGUGAACACAGUGUGCAAUCUGUACACAGCCUAGUAUAAUCUCAGAUGGAAUGCAAUGGGCUAUGUGACACACUAUUUUUCAGAGCAUUUAUCUGACAGCUCAUUUCUGUGACCAUAACUUUAAACAUAGUCUUUCUCAGAAAAUGAAAAUGACAAUUGUUCCUCUCUGAGGUAGGGUUGUGGCCUGCAGUAUAUGCAAGGGUAAUAAUAUACACAAGUAAAUAUGACUUUUUUUUUCAAGUGUGGGAAAGUUAGUGAAAAACAUUUAUUUAUCAAAAUGAAAGAACCUCAUUUUGUUUGGCAAGUUACAUAGCUGCAGUAACCGAGUGCUGUUUAGAAGGACUCAUACAGAAAAGGAUAGAUUGUAACAUGAGCAGCUAAAUAGAAGUUAUUCACUUCUGUGCAUCAGGAGCAAAGAACUUGGAGAGCACGUCUGCUCUUCGUAAAUAAAUAAUGGAUAGAGAGAGAAUGAACAAGAUGUGUAAGUUUGUAAAAUUACCCAGUCAGUUAUCCAUAACAUUGAAGCAAUCUGGGUAACAAUAUUAAAUAGUGUGAUAUUAUAUUUAAAAAUGUAAACAAGGAGAAAGAUCUGAAUGAGCUACAUUGCUCGAUAAAUGUUCAGUAUAGUUGAUAAAUCAUUGAGUAGGGAUCAAAAACAGAAUUAAUCUGUUUUCAAAGACAAAAGAGCAAGUUCUCUUUAAUUUCUGUAGUAUUAUUAGUAAAUAUUACACAAAAUAAUGAUAUAUGCCUUACAAUUAGGAUUAGUUGAAGUAUUUUGUGUUUAUAUAUACAAAUAAUAAUUAUAAUAAUAAUAAUGUUAUUAAUUGUGCCUUUAGGAAGAACGAUUCAGUAUGUUUGUGACACCAGGAGACCGUAUAUAGUGGGAUAGACUUUUGAGUAGUAGCUGUCGUGCCUUAAAAUAUUGCUGGUUGUUUUCUUUCCUUCUUCCAAUGUAGUGCUUCUGUUGAUGAAUGCAACGUUCUGACCUCGCAUAGUUGAGGUUCAUUUGGAUGGAGUGACAUUAAGAUAUACACAAUACUGUACUUCUCCACCUUGAAUGUUAGUCAUUCUUUUAAUUUGUUUUUCUUUGCUCAUAAAUGAUGAGGCAUGACUUUGUAAAUGGAUGCCAUGGUGAAUGUGUUAGUAAACAACAGAUAUGAGAACACCCAGACUACAUGGGUUCAAAAUUUUGUUGUUGAAUAAAUUUACAGUGUGAUGGGAAAUUUUAAAAAAUGCUGGCCAACCUUCCAAAAAAAUAAGUAGGAGAGUAUAAAUUAAUGUAGCAUUUAAAACUUCUGAGAGUAAAUUUUAUAGUACAAAAUGUUUUAUAGCAUAUUUUAUUCUAAAUUGUCAUAGUAUUCGUAUUUUCCAACACAAGCUGUUGUUAUUCAAAAGAAAAUACUGUUGAUUCACAGAUUUUAGUGCCUUAAAGUCUUUUAUCACAUGAGGAAUACUAAUAUAAUUUUCUAGUAUUAUAUUAUUAGGAAAAGGAAAAUUGAGACUUUUUUGACAUUUAUUUAUAUUCAUAUCCUUUGUCACACUUUUGUGUGCUAUUUUAAGAGAUAGUAUUCUUUUCUACAAAAUAUAUUUUUGGCAGCCAGCAUUACUAACUGUAUUAUCCAAUGCUUUUUAACUCAUGAUUUAGUGCAUUAAUUCUAACCCACAUCAUUUUAAUUUCCUGUUGUAAGAAUGAGUAUUCUCUGUGUUCAUGCAUAGAAUACACAUUGUUGCAGAUUGUGGGAAAAAAAGAAAUUGUGGUAUCCAUGUGUUGGUGGUCCUACUUUUCACACGUAGAUGCAUUCCAAGUCGUAUAUUUUGUGUAAUUGAUUUCAGAUAUGCAAAAGAAGGUCGCCUAGUAUUCUUAAAUGAUUUUGAAAAUGAAGUGAGUAAGCAUUUUCGAAAUGUGCCAUAUUAUAAAAUGCAACACAAACGUGCAGAAUAAACAAACCAAUAAACACAAAAACAAGAAUAAACCUAGUCUGCACUCUUAUCAUCAUAUUAUACAUAUACAAGUAUACAAUCGCCGAUAAUGGAAGAUGAGAGGAGACAUGACGACAUAUUGUUGUUAUUAAUGUAGAGAAAGCCAAAAAAAAAUCAUGUCGAUUGUACAAAGAUAUCAUUAAGUUUCCUUUUUAAAGCCCUGAAAGGGAUGGAAGAAUAGUUUUGUCCCUAUUAUUACAUUUUUGCUUUCCAAUACUAUUUUAUUUUAAUUUUUAGAAAACAUACCUUUGCUUACAAAGCAGAGCUUUUUUAUUGUAAAGAAUCAUUAUUUUUAAUUAUUUUAUUUAAUCACACACAUGGUGCAAGUUGAAGGAAAGUAACUGGAAACUACAGUUUGUGCCAACUUUGAAGAAAAUUGGUGGGUCAUUAUCCAACUUGAAAUAUGUUACCUGCUACUAGGAAGCCCUGUUGCAUAGCACAUUUGUUCUUCACAUUUUCCAUUUAUAACUUCCAGACAACACUGUUGUAUCUGCCUUUCAAAAUUACAGUUGAAUUAAAAAAAUCCACUUGUAUUCUACAAGUAUAUCAGGAAGCUUGACAUAUAACAAAGCUUGAAUAUAAAUUUUUAGUUUCAUGUAGCUGUGAUUUCUUAAAAGUAAGAAGUAUUUUAUUUAUGCCUACCAAUGUAGAAUGGGUGGAUACAUUUUUGUGUAAUUCAUCUUAAGUUAAGAAAUAUUACCAAAUACAAUAGCAGAAGAUCUACAACACUUAAGUUAUCUUAAAUGAAAGACUUCCAAAAGCAUGUAAAUUUAUAUACUUUAUUUUUUCAAAGGUAAUGUGGUUAAAUUAGUAGAAUGUGAAUUCUUUGUGGGAAGUUACAUUGUGCUUAUUCUGCCAAUUAAAAGAACGUAAAGGAUAUUA